UUUUUUUUUAGAAUUACCCGAUAUAUCUUAUAUACAUUACGAUAUAACGAUGAUAUUAUUAUAUUAAUAAUAUAACUAUUGCGUAGGUGCGCGUUUUGUUUUGUAAAUACGUAUUAUAGGCAUAUUAUAUAGGUAAUAGGUACGUCGAAAUAUUAUUAACGCUGAUCGACAGCCUGUAAUUUCGUACGGAAAAAAAUUAAAUAAAACAUGAAUAAUAUUAAUAACGAAUCCCGGUGACAAUAUUAUUGUACGACAGUAUCAGUUUUAACCGCGUCGUAAACAAAACGGAAAAAGAAAAAAAAAACCAAUCGAAUAACAGUUAUUUACGACGGGAAAAAUAUUGUAUCGAAUUCGGCGUGCGAGACGCGUAUCGAGAAUGUAUUUCACACGGCGCUUAGCGUUUGCUGACGAUUUUCUCGCGCGGAAAAGAAAAAAAAAAAAAAAAUGCCCGUCGUGAAAAAAAAUCGAAAUUUCCUUUCGGUAACCGAGCGCGCGCGUAAAAACGAUAAUUACAACACGACAACGAUUAAUCGGACGCGCGAUAUUAUUAUCGUUGUCAUUAACCCGCCGUCCAUCCCGUUUUACAUGGAGUCGCUAGUGCGCAUUAUUAACCCGACAAUGAUCACCGCCCGUUCGCAUCGCGUCACGGCGUUUCAAUGCGAUUUGUAUCGUUUUAUCGAGGAGUUGCUCAUCUCGAGUACCGAACUCCGCACACAUUCACGGGGCAUUUGUGGAUUAGUACUAUUGACGAGAAUCGAAUAUCAGAAGAAAAAAAAAAAUAUAAAAAAAUAAUAAUAAUAAUAAAAUAAUCGAAACAAAAACCAUGUAAAUUAUAAACGUACGGUUUUUCAACGUUUUCUUCGAUUUUUUACCCGAGUUCCGUCCGAGAUGUCCGAGACGCAAUGUAAACCCGCAGCACGAUUGCGUUUCGUAGCCGCGGACCGACCGAGAUUGAUCGAUUUCACCGCGUUAUUAAACCAGUGCGCGUUAGCGGCUGCACAGUGCCGGCUUACGGUGUCGUGACAAACGUGGCGGUCAUCGCGCGACUGUGACUUUUCCGCUUUUCGUACGACUUUCUCAUUCGUUGCGUUAUUCCGGGCUCGGUCUUAACGCCGCACGUUAUAAUGACGUGUGAUAUCGUCGUCGUAGUAUUAAUUACUAUUAAACUAAUUAUCGAGUAGGUGUUUGUAGUGCGCGUUCGUAGACCCCGCGAACCGCGUAACAUCACUGUCAUCUCCCUUCGACGUGUGACUAUUAGAAUAUUAUAUAUGAUAUAAUCUUUUUUUUUAGAAAAAAAAAAUAAAAAAUUUACAUUAUUAAUUCAUUUAAUUAUUAUUCAUUAUUAUCGCGGUUUUAUUGUAAAAUAUCUUACAUAAUAUGUAUAAACGAAAAUAUUGUAUAUAACAAUGAGAUAUACCUAAUAUAUACAUAUUAUUAUUAUUAUUAAACUUAAAAUCGGAAAAAAAAAUAUUAAACAAAAAAAAAAAAAGGUAUAAAAUCGAACGUAAUAUAAUACUAUAGAUAUUGUAUUACCUAUAUGAUAUUAUUACGCUGUAACUAUAUUUUCUGUACAUGUGUUAUAAACCCAGAGUCUGUGAUUUUUCUUUAUUUUAUUUUUAUUAUCAUUAUUAUGUUUUAGUUUUUAAGAACACACGAUAUGGAAAAAAAAAAAAAAUAUAUUAUAAUACCGAGUUGUUUUAUUUUAUAAUUUAUUUGUUUUCUUUAUUAUUGAUUGUUCUUUAUUCUUUAAUUUUUUUUAUCCUACAUAAUAUAUGAUUAUAUUUAUUUUUAUUUUCAAAAUCGCGUUAUAUUAUAUUGUAAUCAUUUUCCUGGUUUUUUUUUUCAAUAAUUAUUAUUAUUAUUAUUAUUAUUAUUAUUUUGUUGCCGUAUCGAAGACGCGACUACACGCGUUAGGUGGCUCUGACUCGCUCCGAAAGUGCAAUAUUCAUUAUUUUAUUUUUGUUGUAAAAAAAAAAAAAAAAAAUGUGAAAUUAGAUACGUACUAUAUAUAGAAAAAAAAAAAACGAUGAUUCAAUCUCAUAGUGUAUUAUGUAUAAAUAUAAAAUAUAUAUAAUAUAUAUAUAUAUAUAGUGAAAAAAAAUAAAUAUUAAUUUAUAAUGUACAAUAGUUAUCGUAUAAUACAUUAUUAUAAUUAUUAGCCUUAUCGUUUCGCUGUCAUUCAUGAUAUUAUAAUAUUAUGAUUUUUGUUGUUUUUGUUGUUUUUUUUUUUUUUUUUUUUUUUUUUUUAUCGCUCUCCUCUCGAAUCGAACGUAUAAAAAUACGCAUAACGUCCCGAGAAUAAUAAAUUAGUCGAGACGUUUUAUUGACAAAAAAAAAAAUCAUACAUUACCGAUCAUUAGAAACGGAAACGACGAGAUAACGUUGUAUACAAGCUCCGGUAAUAAUAAUUAUUAUUAUUUUGUACAUUUAUAAAUAUAUAUAUAUAUAUAUACACACACACAUACAUACAAUUAUAACCUACUAGGUACCUAUUAGGUACUAUAUACCUAUAUAUGUAUAUAGGUAUAUAAUAUUAUCACAAUUAUAUUGUAUUGUAUUAUUAAAGUUUAUAUUCUAUUAUGUUAAGAAUAAUUGUCGCGGUUGAAAAAAAAUGUACAACUUUCGAAGUUUUUUUUUUUUUUUUUACCUUUACGCGAGCAUAUUGUAAAACCAUAGCGAAAAUACAAUAUGUAUAUAUAUAUAUAUAUAUACACACAAUAUAUUAUACUCGUACCGGGGAAGUAAAAAUUAAUUUUUUUUUUUCUCGUUUUUUUGUUUAAUAUUAUUAUAAUUACAAUACACACUAUAUUAUUAUUACACAUUAUUAUUAUAUUAUAAUACCUAUACGUAAAAAAAAAUUAUACGUCUGUUUAAUUUUUUUUUUUUCUUUUUCUAUUAUUGUAAAUAGAUAAUAAUAUUAUUAUCAUUAUAUUAUAUACAAUGUUAUUAUGUAUACCUAUAUAUAUAAUAUUAUAAUAGACCCGACAACGGACGUAACGAUGACGACGUUAUACGGCGUGUUAUUACGAUAAAAAUAUUCUCCGUGUCGGAUCCAUGCGAUACACAAAUCCAAACGGUAUUGAUGAUGACGACGAUAAUUAAUAAUAAAAUAUAGAAAAACGAAACAAGAAAAACAAAAAAAAACAAAUAAAAUAAUAAUUAAACAAAAC